AUGGCUAAAGGUGACCCCAAGAAACCAAAGGGCAAGAUGUCGGCUUAUGCCUUCUUCGUCCAGACCUGCAGGGAAGAACAUAAGAAGAAAAACCCCGAGGUCCCAGUCAAUUUUGCGGAGUUUUCCAAGAAGUGCUCUGAGAGGUGGAAGACAAUGUCCGGCAAAGAGAAAUCAAAGUUUGAUGAAAUGGCAAAGGCAGAUAAAGUACGCUAUGAUCGGGAAAUGAAAGAUUAUGGACCAGCUAAAGGAGGCAAGAAGAAGAAGGACCCAAAUGCCCCCAAAAGACCACCGUCUGGAUUUUUCUUAUUCUGCUCUGAAUUCUGCCCCAAGAUUAAAUCUACAAAUCAUGGAAUCUCCAUUGGAGAUGUGGCCAAAAAGCUGCGUGAGAUGUGGAAUAACUUAAGUGACAGUGAAAAGCAGCCUUACAUUACCAAGGCCGCAAAGCUGAAGGAGAAAUAUGAGAAGGAUGUUGCUGACUAUAAGUCCAAAGGGAAGUUUGAUGGUGCCAAGUGUCCUGCUAAAGUUGCCCGGAAAAAGGUGGAAGAGGAAGAGGAGGAGGAAGAAGAGGAGGAGGAAGAGGAUGAGGAGCAGAAGGAGGGAGAACAUGAGCAAGGAAAUCAGGAC